AUGAAAAACACGGCCAUGAAUGACACUGGCAUCAAACAAAGUGUAAAAUAUUUCCAGUACGCUGUGUACCCACCUACAUUAGCCCUGGGACUGAUCUUCAACAUUCUGGCUUUGUGGAUUGCCUGUUGCAAAAUCAGGAAGUGGACAGAAUCGAGGAUUUACAUCUUGACACUUAUCACCCUGGAUACUUUGCUGCUCUUUACGCUGCCUUUCAAAAUAAAGGCUUUUCAUGAUUGGAAGACAACCUUACUGUUUUGUAAAGUCCUGGAGAGCAUGUACUUUGUGAACAUGUAUGGGAGCAUACUUAUAUCCACGUGCAUCUGCCUGGACCGAUUUAUAUGUAUAAACCACCCCUUCUUAGCCCAAUCCCUGCGUUCCCCCAAGAAAGCCGCCCUGGUCUGCCUGGCGGUCUGUGUCAUCGUCUCAGGAGGGAACUUUUUUACUCUUCACCUGCAUGGAAAUAGCACAGGUAGUGUUCGCUGCUUCCAGAACUUUUCAUCCAACACCUGGGAGAGCAAGUUUCUACUCAUUACACCAGAAGUACUCUUCUUCGGCUGUCUCUCCAUUAUGGUCAUCUGCACUAUUCGGAUCGUCAUCUCCCUCUGGAGAUCCAGUAACCUGAGUAGGCAGGUGGGGAACAAUAGGUCCGUAAUGAUUGUGGGAUCCAACCUACUGACAUAUGUGAUCUGCUACAUGCCUUAUCAUGUGACAUACCUCCUGUACUUCCUGAAGAAAAACAAACUCCUGGAGGACCCGUUAACAAUUCUCCGCCCUGCUUUGCAAAUAAGUCAGAUUUGGGCCAACUUGCACUGCUGCUUUAAUGCUAUUUGCUAUUAUUUUGUCUUUAAGGAGGCUUUGAGGAUCGAGAAUACAGAGACUUGUGACACCCAAAACUCCAAGAUUACAAGACUAAGCACAGAAAAGUCAAGACUAAGCAUGGAGAAGUCCUGA